AGCUAUACGAUGAUAAUGUGAGUUCACCAAGGUCGAUAGGCUACAAGUUUUCGUAAUUUUAACCAAAACAGAUAACAGUAGUACAACGUGAGUUGGUGACAGUGGUGUUGUUUUUGAAUUGGGCUUGUUAAAAUGGCUCUGAACAAGAUUUGUACUUUAUGUUUGAGACAGAAUAGCCGUGAGCUGCGCAUUUUAAAUAACCUGAUCAAUAAACGGAACCAUUUUGUUUAUACAGCCGAUGCAGAAUCGCCUGUUAAAGGAGAAACCACGAAGCUGAACAUGUUCCAAGCCAUCAACAACGCCCUGGAUUCGGCCCUGCAGUCCGACGAGAGCGCCCUGGUCUUCGGCGAAGACGUGGCCUUCGGGGGGGUGUUCCGCUGCACGAUAGGCCUCCAGGCCAAGUACGGUCCUGGCCGCGUAUUCAACACCCCUUUGUGCGAACAAGGCAUUGUCGGCUUCGCCAUCGGCGCCGCCAACAUGGGUUCGACAGCAAUAGCUGAAAUUCAAUUCGCCGAUUACAUAUUUCCGGCAUUCGACCAGUUAGUCAACGAAGCAGCCAAAAUGAGGUACCGAAGCGGGGGGCAGUUUGAUUGCGGAAAAUUAACUGUCAGGGCGCCCUGCGGAGCCGUUGGACAUGGAGCGCUUUACCAUUCACAGAGCCCAGAGGCGUAUUUUGCACAUACGCCGGGAUUAAAGAUAGUCGUACCUCGAGGUCCGAUCAAGGCGAAAGGCCUCCUCCUGGCCUGCGUUCGGGACCCCGAUCCCUGUCUGAUUUUGGAACCCAAGGCCCUUUAUCGAGCGGCCGUCGAAGAGGUGCCGGUUGCCGACUUCGUCCUCCCCAUAGGAAAAGCGGAUGUUUUGCUUAAAGGAGAGCAAGUGACGCUGAUCGGCUGGGGCACUCAGGUGCACGUCCUCCUCGAAGUGGUCCAUUUGGCCAAAACCCAAUUCAACGCCUCCUGCGAAGUCAUAGAUCUCGUUUCCAUUUUGCCCUGGGACAGGAACACCGUGUGUCAGUCUGUCAAGAAAACUAAGAGGGUUCUAAUAGCUCACGAGGCACCGCUGACGGGGGGCUUCGGGGCCGAAGUCGCUGCCACGAUACAGGAGGAAUGUUUCUUGCAUCUGGAAGCACCUGUUGCCAGAGUCACGGGCUUCGACACACCGUUCCCUCACGUUUUUGAGCCCUUCUAUCUGCCCGACAAGUGGAGAUGUCUUGAUGCAAUACGUAACCUGUUAGACUACUAAGAAAACAAGCGUUUAAUAAAGUGCCAGCCUAUUU